UAAUAGUUUCCCAGUUCUACAUGAUUUUACGAGGAUCCAGCAAUUAGUAUAUUUGCCCUCUUUCUUCAAUUUUCCCGAGAAAAUCCGAUCAGGGGAAAAGCUUGUUCCUUGGCAUCACUCGUGUGUUGUUAUUAUUUUUGCGGUGUUGAUCUUGGAGAUCUGUGCUUUUCCCGUUUCUUCUCGUUUAGAAAAAUCUACAAGUGGAACUUUCUGGGAGCUUUCGGUGGGAUUAUCCGACAACAAAUCGGAUGAUUAGUCUUCUCAUAUGUAGCUGAAACCGUACUUGACCGACUGACGGCGUAAUUCGGAGGAUACUAGAGGAGCGUCUGAUGAUACCGUCGAAGCUUAUGUCUGAUUCUAAUGCAUCAACGCCCAUAGCUUCUCCGGAAAUGAAAACCGUUCAAUCCAGUUCAACGUUGCAGAACCGCUGUUCUUCGGAUUCGGAUGGCCCCCUGGCGAUUCUCUGGGACAUCGAGAACUGCCCUGUCCCGAGCGAUGUGCGCCCUGAAGAUGUUGCCAGCAACAUAAGAAUGGCUUUGAGAGUGCAUCCUGUCAUAAACGGUGCAGUGGUUGUGUUCUCGGCUUACGGAGAUUUCAACGCGUUUCCUCGUAGAGUUAGAGAAGGAUGCCAGAGGACGGGGGUUAAACUCAUCGAUGUACCCAACGGUAGGAAAGACGCGGCCGAUAAGGCUAUAUUGGUCGACAUGUUCUUGUUCGCUCUGGAUAAUCCCCCGCCGUCUUCUAUCAUGCUGAUAUCAGGCGAUGUUGAUUUUGCACCUGCCCUUCACAUACUCGGCCAACGUGGCUACAAUGUCAUCCUUGUCAUACCUCCCCGGGUGGUUGUUAAUUCAGCUCUGUGUAGUGCCGGAAAGUUCGUUUGGGACUGGCAAAGUAUUGUCCGGGGUGAAGGCUUUGUGCCCUCCCCGAGUCCCUCGGCCCCUCCUCGUUUAGGGAUGUCUAACGUUACCGAGCAUCUCAUGGGGUGCCAAAUUAGUGACAAUAAUCCCGAGGGGAUGAACGAAGAAGCAAUUCUAUACAGAGGAAACUCGAGGAACUGUUAUAACCCGAUAGAUUCCUCGAUGGUUUCGCAGUCUCUUGCCGAGUAUGCUACAAACACGAAUCGUUAUCCUACAGCAUCUCAGUCUCCAAGCCUUGCAUCUGGUGUGUGUGAACCCUCGGCUUGCCUGUCUUCUUAUGAUCAGCUUGAUUCCUCGAUGUGUGUAGCAGCACCCGGCGACAUAAAUGGUCUGAAAGGACAACUGGUGAUGCUUCUACAACUCUCAGGCGGUUGUAUGCCACUCUUGCGUGUUCCCUCUGAAUACCAAAAGCAAUUCGGUAAACCUCUUUAUAUAUCCGAGUACGGUGUGUUCAAGCUUGUGAAUCUUUUUAAGAAGAUGGGCGAUACCAUUUCCGUGGAUGGUAAAGGUAACAAAAGGUUUGUCUACCUGCGGAACUGGAAAGCGAACCCUAGCACUACUCCCCCUUUCGUCCUCCUCAGGAGAGACAAGAAACCCGAGGAAAACACAGAUGUAAGAGCAGCAGCAAGUAGAGGCUCCUCAGACGAGUUUUCAGACGAGGACAGAUUCGCCGCCGAGGCGGCAGCAGCAGCAGCAGCCUCAGGCUCAGGCCCGGCUCAAUCCGAGGCAAGUGAUAGGAACCUGGAAGAGUUCAAGCAGGAGCUGCAAGAGAUCCUGGUGAGCUACUCAUGUAAGCUACUGCUGAGCUGUUUCGAGGAUAUAUACCGACUAAGGUACAAGAAGCCAUUGGACUACCAAAGGCUCGGCGUCGAUAAUUUGGAGAAACUCCUCGACAUGGUGAGGGACGUCGUUAUCGUAUACGAAGAUCCUUCGACCAAGAGGAAGUUCAUCGAGGCGCUUUACUGAGAUUGCAGAAUCUCGUGCCGAACGUUUUCUCUUCUGUAACCUCUUCGGAGUUUACAGACUAGAGAUAAGAUUUUAGAUCAGACGGUGAGUUUUUUCAGCCGUUGAAUCGUUUCUUCCUUUCCUCGCCGCGGGAACAAAGUGAUGUAUUCUCCAUGGGAACGAGCGUGUAAGCUUUUUUACCUGCCGCUGUGUAAGUGUAGCUGAGCAGCUCCCAACUAUGUAUAUUUCUUUUCUGUAGGGCAAACGAUUCCGCAUAUGCUUUUCAGUGAUCACUUUGUUUUUGUCGGAUUC